AUGAUGCAGGAGGUCCUUGAAGACGAGGAGCGUGCGGAGGAGCAUGUUCUCCAUUUCAAGGACUCGAUCAAGGGUUGUCGAGUGCUCAGCCGCAGCAAGUCGUGCGGCCAUUUGACACUGAUGGCCAACUACUUUGCCCUGGAUGGACUCUUCGCUGACCAUUUUUGGAUGCACAAGACUAUCUCCAAUCAUUUAUACUGUGGCGUCCGGUCCUAUGAUGACUACUUCGUCUUGAAGAAGGACACCAUGGGAAUGAUUGGCUUCUCUCGUUAUCAGAAGUGCACGGCCACACUACGGAUGCUUGCAUAUGGUACGGUCACUGAUUCAUGGGACGAGUACCUACGAAUGUCUGAGAGCACAUGCGGAGAUGCCAUGGUCAGGUUUGCAACUGUUGUGGUCCUGGUGUUUGGACCUCAAUACCUUAGUGAACCAACUAUGACAGAGACCGAGAAGCUCUUGGAAAUCUCAGAAAGUGGCCAGGUUUGCUUGGAUCUCUUGACUGCAUGCAUUGAAAAUGAAAGAACUGCCUGA